AUGUGUGGCCGAUUCGCUAACGCCCAGUCCAUCCCUCAGUACCGCGCAGCGGUGCAGGACGAGCUUCCUGAUCAUCCGCCACCCACUCCAGCCCCGGAUGCAGACGACUAUACCCCUUCCCACAAUGUCGCGCCACAAACACGAUCGCCCGUUGUCCGUCGCGAACUCUCCUGGGAGCGCGAACGUCGUCUCAAAUCCCUCCAGAACCCCACCGACGACGACCGUAAGCACCAGCUCAUCAUACAGACCAUGAAGUGGGGGCUCAUUCCUCGCUUCCACAAAAAGCCGCCGAGCUACGGAGAAGCAUACAAGACCAUCAAUGCGCGCGACGAUACGCUCCUCUCGCCACAGAGAUCGAUGUGGCAUCCGCUGCUACCGAGUCAGCGAUGCGUCGUGUUUGUCCAAGGCUUCUACGAGUGGCAGAAACGCGGUGCUCCGGGCGAUGGCGAUAAGGUCGAGCGCAUCCCGCAUUUCGUAGGCAUGACAGAGCCAGGACAGGGUCGAAACGACAAGACAGGGCACGGGAAACGCCUGAUGCCUCUCGCAGGUCUCUGGGAGCGCGUGCGCUUCGAAGGCGAGGAUAAACCACUGUACACUUUCAGUAUCGUCACCACCGCCAGCAACUCGCAGCUCGGCUUCCUUCACGAUCGCAUGCCCGUCAUUCUCCCCACUGCUGAGGCCAUCUCCACCUGGCUCGGACUGGACGCCAACCCGAAAACAGACAGCGAGGUCAAAAAGGGCGUCGAUGUUGACGAUACUUGGAGCUCCGAAGUCGCCAAGCUGCUCCGCCCACUUCAGAGCGAGUUGGAGUGCUACAAGGUGCCCACGGAAGUAGGAAAAGUGGGCAAUAGCGAUCCGAGCUUUAUUUUGCCGGUCGAGGAACGCAAAGAUGGCCUCAGGGCGUUCUUUGCCAAGCAGAAACAGCCGAAGCAGCCAUCGAAGAAGCAAGUAGGCGCUAGCAAUGACGGAAGCUCAGGUGUCGCACAAAAGGACGAGAAACAGCCAUCGCAAGAAAGUGAGGCGCUCAUGCCAAGCUCGUCCGACGACUCACAGGAUCUGUUGGCCGCACACAAAGUCGAAGAGGCGGCUGCUUUGGCGGAGGCCACGGCUAGGGCAGAACAGGAGGAGCAAGACCGAAAGCUGGCAGAGCAGAUGCAACUAGAGUUCGAACAGUCGGACCGCAAUCAGCCGGGCGGCGCGGCGAAUAUGAGCGAGUCGAUUGUCGUGGUUGGCGAGUCGUCUGGUUCGGAGCCAUCGUCAAGCUCGAACGGCGGCAGCGGCCCUCAUGUCAAUGGUUCGGUCCGAGGCGAAGAGGUCGGAGAUGGAUUUGGUGUUCCUGAAGGCGAGCUCGGUGCUGUUUCGAGCGGGACGAGAAAACGUGAUCCGUCAAAUCACAGCAGCGAGGCAUCCAAACGCCCUCGAACCCAGUCGUCCUCCUCACCGCCGCCUCACUGCGAGCAAGACACUCGCGCCGCCCCUACAGCAGAGGAACCAUCCAGCCGCUUCUCACCAGACCCGUACAACCCGCCGCUCUCCCCACCCCGGCCACGCGGGGGCUACAGCCGUCGCCUGUCGCCUUCGUCCGGCGGAGGCGUCCACGUCAACGCGCCCCGCGGCAAGAACCGCGGCCAGCCAAGACACGAACCGUUCCCGCAGGCUCCCCCGCACACGUGGAAGAGCUCCCCGAAAAAGGCACGCGGUCCGAUGGACGACAUGCUCGAAAAGCAGAGGAGCGCCGCGGAGAGCGCCAGGGAGGACGAGGGGCGCGCGUGGAGGCAGCUGUCUCCUUCCCGGGGCGCUGCACUGGAAGAGGCGGGCAAGGAACCGCCUAGAAGCGCGCAAGCGAAAACGAGCGGGAAGAGCAACAAGAAGGCCAAAGACUCAGGAACCGAUAUCCGGUCCUUCUUUUCGCCCCAGAAGAAGGCCAAACCAUGA